CUUAAAGUGUUAAAAAAUUAGAAUGAAAAAACUCAACCAGAAAGUGUUUUUGAUACUAUCGACUUGUGUAGCUAUAUACAUUUUCUAUCAUACUGCUAUUUUAAAAUUUUUUGCUUAUUUUAAAAAAGUAAACUUGGAAGAAUUUUAUGGUUUUACAAAAGGAAACAUUUUUAAUCUUUACUCGGAAAUUUAUGGCUUAAAUAAAGAGACAAUUAACAACUCCACUUGUUUCAACAAAGCUUCAUUGAUAUUUAAUAUCCGACCACUGUGUAGCAACCUCAAAAUGUAUAGCUCAAAUGUAUUAUCGUAUGCCUAUUAUCAAAGUGCUCGCAAUAAAAGUUACAGAAAUUACAUUACUGACGUUAUUAACGAGGUCAAAAGUAGUAAACUUUACAAAAAUUGGAGUGUAAGGGUAUAUCAUAACGUAAAUGGUAUGGAUGAUCAUACAUAUGAUGAGUACGAGAAUUUAUUUUUUUGUGAUGUGAGAAAAACUCCGUAUUUAGGAGAUUUAUCUAACAUAGAUGGAAUGAUGUGGCGUUUUCUACCAGUUGGCGAUUUAACAGUUGAUGUUGUUUGUUCGAGGGAUUUAGAUUCUCCUAUAUUAGAAAGAGAAGAAGAUGCAGUCAGUGAUUGGUUAAAAAGUGAUAAAAUGUCACACGUCAUGCGCGAUCAUUUAAUGCAUACUUCAUCAAUAAUGGGCGGCUUGUGGUGCAUAAAACUUUUUAAGAAUAGAUUAUUAGCUGAAAGACUAUUUGCUUUAGCACUGGCUAAGUCCUCAAGAAGAAAUUCUAAAAUAACACCACCGUAUGGAAGCGAUCAACAUACAUUGAACCAGUAUAUAUGGCCGCUUAUAAAAAAUGAUAUUAUGAUUCAUGAUUCUUACAGGUGCAAUGGUAUUGCAAUUCCUUUUCCAACAAAACGAAAACAAAGUCAUUUAUUUGUUGGGUGUCCACGUCCUUGUAAAAUAAAAAAAAUACAAACAUGUCCUGUUAAAUGCCGUAAAGAAAAAGAUUGGUCUUACUGUUGAUGUAAUUUAUACAAAAAUUGAAAUUUAUAGAAAAAUUGAAAUUUAUGAAAA